GACGGCAGACUCUCAGUGCUCAGAGCAGCUCAGCGUCAGGAAUCUUUAAUUAUAGUGCACAUCUGGCUGUGAGACGAACCCUGGACAGCUUCACACAUCUAUAAUAACUUCCAUUGACUCUCUAUUUGGCGACAGCAGAGCAGAAGCACCAGUGAGGGUUGAAGCGCCCCUCACACAGAGUGAGGAAGGACACUCGAACACAGUCAAAGAGACACGACAUGAUGGAGCUGAAGAUCCAGCUGAUACCCACAGGAGAAAUCAUACUGCCUCCAGGGAAAAAUGGAGAGUUUUACUGCCAAAGCUGCACUAAGGCUGUGGGCAGUGACGGAAUCCGGGUCAUGAUGGAGAGCGCCCUGACAGCCAGGGACCGGGUGGGCAUGCAGGACUUUGUCCUGCUGGAGAACCACACCAGCGAGGUGGCGUUCAUCGAGAACCUCCGCAAACGCUUCAAGGAGAACCUAAUUUAUACGUACAUUGGCUCAGUGCUGGUGUCCAUGAACCCCUACAAAGACCUGGAGAUCUACACUAAACAGCAUAUGGAUCGAUACAGGGGCGUCAAUUUCUAUGAAGUCUCACCUCACAUUUACGCUGUGGCUGAUAAUGCGUAUCGCUCCAUGCGGACUGAGAGACGGGACCAGUGCAUCCUCAUCUCGGGUGAGAGUGGUGCUGGCAAGACCGAAGCCUCCAAAAAGGUUCUGCAGUACUACGCCAUCACCUGCCCUGCCAGUGAGCAUGUGCAGACCGUCAAAGAUCGCCUGCUACAAUCCAACCCUGUGCUGGAGGCCUUUGGGAAUGCAAAAACUCUACGAAAUGACAAUUCCAGUCGCUUUGGGAAAUACAUGGACAUUCAGUUUGACUUCAAGGGUGCUCCCGUAGGAGGUCACAUCAUUAACUACCUGUUGGAGAAAUCACGUGUCGUGCACCAGAGCCACGGCGAGAGGAACUUUCACAUCUUUUAUCAGCUUAUCGAGGGAGGAGAGGAUGAUCUGCUGAGGAGACUGGGCCUGGAGAAGAACGCCCAGCAGUACCAGUAUCUGGUGAAGGGUAACUGUCCCAAAGUGAGCUCCAUAAAUGACCGCAAUGACUGGAAGAUAGUGAGGAAAGCCUUGAGCGUCAUUGGCUUCACUGAUGAUGAAGUGGAGGAGCUUUUGAACAUUAUUGCCAGUGUACUACACUUGGGGAAUGUCCAGUACGGAGGAGAGGACAGUGGCAGUGCCUACAUCACUACAGAGACACAGAUUAAAUACUUAGCCAGGUUGUUAGGUGUGGAUGGCACUGUUCUUAAGGAGGCUCUAACACAUAAAAAGAUCAUUGCCAAAGGAGAAGAGCUGAUGAGUCCUUUAAAUCAAGAGCAGGCCGCUUCAGCACGGGAUGCCUUAUCUAAAGCCAUAUACGGUCGUACUUUUACUUGGCUGGUCAACAAAAUUAAUGGCUCUCUGGCCUUCAAGGAUGAUUCAUUCAACAGUAAGAACGCCUCUGUCAUUGGUCUGCUGGAUAUCUAUGGCUUUGAAGUCUUUCAGAACAACAGUUUUGAGCAGUUUUGUAUCAACUAUUGUAAUGAGAAGCUGCAGCAGCUCUUCAUUGAACUGACUCUGAAGUCGGAGCAGGAGGAAUAUGAAGCCGAGGGAAUCACGUGGGAGCCUGUGCAAUAUUUUAACAACAAGAUCAUUUGUGAUCUUGUGGAGGAGAAGUUUAAAGGAAUCAUUUCUAUCCUGGAUGAAGAGUGUCUCCGGCCUGGAGAUGCCAGUGACAUCACCUUCCUGGAGAAGCUUGAGAACACUGUUGGUGGCCACGCACACUUCCUAACCCACAAGCUGGCUGAUGGAAAAACCCGUAAAAUAAUGGGUCGUGAGGAGUUCAGACUGAUCCACUACGCAGGAGAAGUCAACUACAAUGUGAACGGCUUCCUGGACAAGAACAAUGAUCUCCUUUUCAGAAACCUGAAAUCUAACUUGUGUUCUUGCUUGUUCUCACUGGCCGUCUGUUUUUCUUGAUCUCUCGUUCCGUUGGCUCGCUGCGACCAGGCAGCAACCCAGUUCAAGAACAGCCUGGCGAAGUUGAUGGAAAUCCUGAUGUCUAAGGAACCGUCUUACGUACGUUGCAUCAAGCCUAACGAUGCCAAGCAAGCAGGGCGUUUUGAUGAAGUCCUCAUCAGGCACCAAGUAAAAUAUCUUGGUCUGAUGGAAAACCUUAGGGUGAGGAGAGCUGGCUUUGCAUAUCGCCGUCGCUACGAGACCUUCCUGCAGAGGUAUAAAUCCCUGUGUCCAGACACCUGGCCGAACUGGGAUGGCCGUCUGGUCGAUGGAGUUUCCACACUCGUCAAGCACCUCGGCUACAAACCUGAGGAGUACAAACUCGGCAGGACCAAAAUCUUCAUCCGCUUCCCCAAAACCUUGUUCGCAACCGAAGAUGCACUAGAAGUCAGAAAACACAGCCUUGCUACCAAACUGCAGUCAUCCUGGAAAGGCUACAGUCAAAAAACCAAAUACCGUAAAAUGCGUCAAUCAGCAAUCAAGAUCCAAGCCUGGUGGAGAGGUAUUCUGGCCUGCAGGGAAGCAAAGCGUAGGAGAGAGGCUGCCAACACCAUCCGCAGGUUCAUCAAAGGCUUCAUCUACCGCCACCAGCCACGUUGUCCAGAGAAUGAAUACUUCCUGGACUACGUUCGCUACUCGUUCCUAAUGAAGUUGCACAGGAGCCUGCCUAAAACUGUUUUGGAUAAGAGCUGGCCAACACCACCUCCUGCCCUCGUUGUGGCUUCAGAGCAGCUCCGCAAACUUUGCAUGCAGAAUAUGGUGUGGAAGUACUGCAAGAAUAUCAACCUGGAAUGGAAGCACCAGUUGGAGCAGAAGAUGGUCGCAAGUGAAAUCUUUAAGGACAAGAAGGACAACUACCCACAAAGCGUCCCAAAACUUUUUGUGGGCUCAAGACUUAAUGGCGAGGACAUCAACCCUAAAGUGCAACAGACUCUGGGGAAUGAGAAGAUGAAGUAUGCUGUUCCAGUGACUAAGUAUGAUAGAAAAGGAUACAAAGCACGCAACCGACAGCUCCUGCUCAUGGCGAACAGUGCCAUCAUUGUGGAGGAGGCCAAGCUCAAACAGCGUAUCGACUACAGCUCACUGAAAGGGAUUUCUGUCAGCUCUCUGAGCGACGGCAUGUUUGUUCUCCAUGUUGCUUGUGAAGACAAUAAGCAGAAAGGUGAUGUGGUGCUUCAGAGUGAGCAUGUCAUUGAGGCGUUAACCAAAGUGGCCAUCUGUGCUGAAAAGAUGAACAGCAUUAACAUUAACCAGGGAAGUAUAAAGUUCAAUGUGGCCCAAGGAAAAGAAGGGAUCAUAGAUUUUACUUCUGGCUCAGAGUUGCUGAUAGCCAAGGCUAAGAAUGGACACCUUUCUGUGACUGCCCCUCGCCUCAACUCAAGAUGAUGGAGGAGUCAUGACCAAGCUCUUCCUGCGUUCUCACAGGAUCUUCCAGAUACGCUCCUUAGUUCAUCAAUCACAUGACUAAAGGCGGAGCUUCUCUCUGCCAAUCAGACGCCAGCCAGCUGCACCAAAGGCCUCUGCUUUAAGUUGUGAAUAUCCAGCAAACUCAUUUAUGUUUUGGGGGAUUAAUACUGUUAUAUGAAUAUUAUGAUUUUAUAUGUCAAAAAGCCAAGAAAUAACAACAUAUAUGUGCAUUUCCUGCACUCUGUCUUUAUCUAGCUUAUUUGGGAAAUGUUGAUUUGUUAGAGAAGGUGCCCUCAGCCAUGCUAACGAGGUAAAUCAGGGUUCAUAAUGAGUAGUUGUUAGCUUCGGUUCUAUUUAUGUUCACCCGUGAUUACUUUUACUUUUCUAUGAAUUCUGCAAUCCAAACCUACUCAGAACCAAUACACUUUUGCGUUCAUAGGAAAGGUAUUAAUUACUUUUUGCAUAGAAAAGAUGACUUGUUCACUUCAAUGGUUAAACCUGUUCUACACACUAUUUGUGCGACAUAAUUUUGCUCAUAAGUUAUUAAUAUUAGUUGAAAAAGUUAAAAAAGGAGGACAAACUUUUAGAGAGCAUAUACCAAGUGCAUUGAAGGUGUGUCUCAUGUAUGUAAAGCUACUGUAAGAAAUUUUAAUGUUGAUGGAAAGAAUCCACACGCUAUGUCCAGUGAUAGUAUACUAUGCUAGAAAACCAGCCCUGUUUUUUACAUUAUGAUUCAUUCAUUAAUCAUUACCCAUUUUAAGGGUUCAAUCUGAGUUCAGAGAUCAGUCGAUAUUUAUUUUCUCAGUUCCAAAUCUGUGCCUCAAAAUGUUAGAAAGUAUCUUUGAUAAGAUAAGAGUUCCUGCAAAAAUGAGAAGAAAUCCAGUGAUGGACAAAAGAUUGAUUUUUGAGAGUGGUCUUUCCUCACGCUCUCAGUGAUGAAAUCGCUCAGGCUUUGUGCUCCUAAUACACUGGACACAAUAAUCCCUCAUAUUAACGCCAUUUCCCAUAUUAGCACUGCUCUAAGCUCACUGCAAAGAUUGUGAGAGAUGUUAGCCAUAAUAGUAGGGUAAGUUGUAUGUUAUCUACAAAAAAAUAUGUAACUUGGCUUGAGGCAGGUUUGUGUAUAUGUAGAUAAAAGGUAAAGCACUACUAAAUGUUCACAAACCAAAUCUAAAUGUUGUUUUAGAAACUAAAAAGUGGAAAUUUGGCAUACCCUUUGCACUGUAGGAUUUCGGGCACCUAAAACUCUUGAUAGCACAAUUGUUUGAUAUCACCUUGAUGUCAUGUCCGUCAAAGGAGAAUGUUCAGAGAAACAUUGAGCAUGUGCCUAUCAUAGCUGGUGUCAUAGUUGAGGAUGCUUAAAAGAAAACACUGAAAGGAAACCCGUUAAAUGCUGGUGUAUGCGUAAGUGCCGCAUGUAAUGUAUUUAGAACAAAUAUCUAUUUUUGACAUUUAUAAA